AUGCCGGGUUUAAGAACCAUCAGGAGUAGGCUGUUCGGUGCGGCUCGGUUUGCGACGGUCGAGGGGGGACAGUGGACGUGCGGGAAACAGCGAACGCUGAGAGCGAAGCAGCGCACGGGUGCGGAGCCGCAACGUACUGCUAGUAGUACUGCGG